AUGUCUCUCGCUUACCUCGUAGCUUUCGUUUCCGUAACGGUAUGCGCGUCGACGCCGACGGCUGAAAAUCUCGUAAACACAGAAGUGAUAGAAUAUUUGCAGAGGUACGGUUACCUAAACGAGGCAGAUGUAACUACUCACACGUCGAUCGAGGAUGAAAAAAUUAAAGAGGCUAUCGCAUUAUUUCAAGAAUACUAUCAAAUACCAGGUAACGGUAUAUUGAACGAUAAUACGUUAGAUCAAAUACGAAAACCUCGAUGUGGACUUCCGGAUAUACCACACCAGAAACACAAUACGAAUACAGUAAAAUGGAAAAAAACGCAUCAUACGUGGAACUUUCACUUAGCGGACGCGAAUACAUUGAAACUCGCGACAUACGCAUUCUCAAUAUGGGCAGCGAACACGUCUCUAACAUUCGAACGUAAAACGUUAAAUCCAGAUAUUUUGAUAUCAUAUCGCGAAGGAAUUCACACAUAUGUCGACAACAGACGCAAGGAAAUGAUCUGUUCCGGUUUGUUCGACGGACCCGGUGGAGUGCUCGCACACGCGUUUCCACCUAUGAACGACCCCAUGCAAAGCACUGAGAUACACGUAGACGUAGCGGAACCUUGGCUUAUACAAUUAAACGAAAGUAUAUCAGAAAACAAACUACAUUUACUUUACACAUUAACGCACGAAAUCAGACAUUCAUUAGGAUUAUCGCACAAUUAUCGCGCAGAUUCUCUAAUGUUUCCUUACGUCACCGACAGAUCCACUACACUCAGUAUAGAGGACAUUUUAGCUAUUCAACGUCUAUAUGGAAAAAAAAAUCCUAAUGAAGUAUCGAGUACACGGUCUCCACCGGUAACUACAGACACGCGUAAAACAUCAACGCAAAAUCUGUGCGAUCUACCAUACAUGGACAAUGUACUGGUGUUGAAACAUCACAUAUUCGUCACUUAUCGAAGGAGCACAUGA